UACAAUCUCCAAUCAACCGAUCUCCCGAUCAACCAACUUCAAUCAUCAUGCAGUUCACUACUAUCAUCAUUGCUACCCUGGCCGCCGUUGCCGCCGCCUCCCCCUACCCCGAUGCCUUUGAGAAGCGCACCUGUGUUGGCAACUACAAGGUCGCUUGCCAGAACGGCGGUGUUGCUUGCUGCGACGGAUGGCAAUGCGUUGGCGCCACCGAGUGGAACGACGGUGUUUGCAUCCCCAACUACUAA